AUGGCGGAAACCCAGCCCGAGCCCAGCCGGACCCACGGCUUCGUGCCCACGGCCUCGGCCCUGCGCACCCGCCGCCUCGCCUCGCUCGUGCUGGCCGGCCUGCUCGUCUCGGCCGCCAUCCCCUUCACGCCCGUGGCCUGGGUGAUGCGCGACGCCGAGAUCUCCUUCCUGCUCGACCGCUGCGUGGCCGGCCUGCUGCUCGUCAUCGCCGCCUACUUCCAGUACGCCGUCGCGGGCGUCCAGCGGCCCGUCGUCGUCUCCCUGCCCGCCGUGGGCGGCGGCGGCGGCGGCACGACGCUGCGCAACGGGCGCAUCGAGCGCGACGCGGGCGGCGUCAUGGCCGAGACGGUGCUCUUCGUCUGGCGGCCCGAGAUGUUCUGGCCCUUUGCCGCCGCGCAGGCCGCGGCGCUGGCGGCGGCCGAGUUUGGCGACCACGAGCUGUUCCGGCGGUGUGCCGUCGUGCUCGACGUGGCGGCGCUGUGGGCGCUCGGGUGGCCGGCCACGCCCCGGCCUUACAAGGUGUGGGCCUGGGGCAAGGUCAAGGAGAUCUGGGUCAUGAUGCUCGUGAACGAGUUCCUGUGGGGGUCGGCGACGACGGCGAGGAGGAGGGCGCCUGGCGGGCGGGCUUUGGGCGGGAGGAGAGCGUAA